AAGCAGGUCAGAGAACUGCCUUCCUUUCCCAAGACCUACAAGCUGUUCUGUCCGAGGAAGCAGUUGAGGGAACAAUGUUACAGCCCAAAGAGAAGCGUUUGGGGAUGGCAGAACUAUAGUCAAAGCAGCAAAUUCUAAGAUUUCUCCCCUGACUGUCAGAUCUGGGAAGCCUUGAACUGCAGUCAAUCUUUUGACAUUGUCAAUGGAAAGAAGAGCCUCGGGAUCCCCUUCAGCCUUGCAACACAAUCUGUGAAGUUUGUACAAGUGGCCUUCCCAACAUGUACCGCAUCUCUCAGCUCACAUCUACACCAAUAGCAAGUUCUCCUGGUCUGGAAAGAGAAUCAACUGGAACUCUGUCACCCAGAUGCAUUUUCCCAAGCUCUGCUUGUAGUUUUCUAGAUGGUGACACCCCAUUGGAAUGCUGUUCCACAAAUCCCUUGACAGGUUCUCAUUUUAUUUGCCGCCGAAGCCCCCGGCUCCUCACCAAUGGCUAUUACAUUUUGACAGAGGACAGCUUUCUUUCUGAUGAAGAUGGCAACAUCACUCUGAGUCCUACUCAGACGAGUGUCGUAUACAAAGAGAAUUUGGUCAGAAUAUUCAGGAAAAAAAAGAAAAUCCGCCGUUCUCUCUCUGAGCUGUUCAAUCUCAGUGCCUCUAACCCUUGGCUUCGUCAAGGUGUUUUUAGUGAUAUGGACUCUUCCCCAGGAGAAGAUGUAUGGAUUGAAGGAGCCAGUAACCUUGAGGAUGUUUAUCAGUUAUACAAGGAUGGUAAUCAAGGUCAUUCUGAAUUUUCUUCUGCAUCCCAACCAUGGUUGUCAGAAAAACAAACUCCAGAAUCUGCUGAAAUCUCGUCAUCCAUCAAAGUAGUCCUUCAGCAUUCUGAAGAGAAUCUGGGUGUUGUGCCUUCUCAGUCCCAGCUGAUCGUUCCAGAACAUUUCCAGGAGGGAAUUUUCCAUCAUUCAAAGUCCAGUACAUUUCAAGAGGUCCUUUUUCCAGUAAUCGUGUUCACAACAUGCUUAAUCAUUUCAGCAUGUACAAGAUACUCUCUGGGAGGAUUAUUCACUGCCCUUUUGACAUUUUCGCUAAUGUUCAUCAUAAUUUUUACUGAAGAUCUUAUUAGGCGAAAUGCAGAACAUAACGACUCUGAAAUUUUUUCCUUGGAGGAACUCUCCUUGCACCAACAAGAAAUUCAAAAACUAGAAAAUAUUGACAAAUGGUGUCAGGAUUUAAAAAUUCUCUACCUUCAAAACAAUCUCAUUGCAAAAAUUGAAAAUAUUAGCAGACUAAAGAAAUUACAGUAUCUGAAUUUAGCUUUGAACAACAUUGAAAAAAUUGAAAAUUUGGAAGGAUGUGAAGGAUUGGAAAAACUGGAUCUGACAGUAAAUUUUGUUGGAGAAUUGAGCAGCAUUAAAAUUCUUCAGCGUAAUAUACAUCUUAAAGAAAUUUUUCUUAUGGGUAAUCCAUGUGCAGACUUUGAAGGAUACAGAGAGUUUGUGGUUGCUACUCUUCAACAAUUGCAACGUUUGGAUGGCAAGGAAAUAGAACGAUCAGAGAGGAUUAAGGCAUUGCAGAACUACCCAGUAAUUGAACAAAAAAUCAGAGAGCAGGAAAAGGCUUAUUGCCUCAAAAGAUCCAAAGAGAAAGAAGAGGCUGAAAGAAAACUUCAAGAAGAGGAAGAAAAGGAAAAACAGAAGGAAAACAGAAAUAAUCCAGGCUUCAAUGAACGUUCCUACACAAGCAUUGACAACACUAUUCCAUAUUCUCUGCUGCAGGAGAAAGACAACCAACAACCAGCAUUAGAAGAAAAGAAAGUCAGUGAAAAGACACCAGAUGAAUUGGACAAGGAAUUCUGGGAGAAGCCCACCUUAUUUACCCCUGAGUCUAGACUAGAAACUCAUAGAUACUUGGUAAAACAAAGGAAAGAUAAAGAAAAAUUAAGUGAUAGAAAGAAGAAACAAAAGCCACCUAGGACUUUGAUCACUGCAGAUGGACGAGUCUUGAAUAUUAAUGAACCCAAGCUUGAUUUUUCUUUGAAAGAUGAUGAAGAAAAUAAUCAAAUUGUCCUGGAUCUUGCUGUAUAUAGGUUCAUGGAUACUUCUCUAAUUGAUGUUGAUGUGCAGCCAACUUAUGUUCGAGUAAUGGUCAAGGGGAAGCCAUUUCAACUUGUGCUUCCUGUUGAAGUGAAACCUGAUAGUAGUUUUGCUAAAAGAUCUCAGACAACUGGACACCUGGUGAUCACCAUGCCAAAGGUAGGAGAAGUAAUUGUGGCUAAGAGAAAAGCAUGUAAGCCUGUGAAAAAUCCAGAAGGAAACAAAUUGCAAGAAAAGAAAGGAAGCAAAGAAGUUGAGAAACUAGAAGUAGACCCCAGCAAGUAUUCAUUCCCUGAUGUGACUAAUAUAGUCCAAGAGAAAAAAACCACUUCAGGACGAAUCCAAGCUAAACCUCAGGUUGUACCCUGUGCUGAAGACCCGGACUUUGAAGAUAACCUUGAAGUACCACCUUUGAUUUAAACCUUCAGAAAGUGCUUUCAUUGAUUAUGAUCUGCAUGAUCUGUUUCCUUCAGUUCAGAGAAUGCAUCGUAUUAAGUUAAAAUUAUAUUGUAGCUUAAUUUAUAGCAAAAUUAUUUCUAUUAUAUUCCUACCUACUUUGAAUAAUAUUCUCUUAAGAAUAACAUAUAUUUUGUCUCUGUACCACUGCUUCUAUUGUAACACAUCAGACAUUAUUUAAAUUUUAUUAAUAUUUUUCUACCAAGUUUUUCAUAUAAAUCACAGAAAUAUUUUAAGAACAUAUGAAAGCAAAUGGUCAGUCGAUUAAAAAACUAGUCAUUAGAGUGGGAAAGUAGUCUUUAAUUUAUAUUUAUGUAAAGCCAUUAUUCUAUAGUUAAUUGGUAGGGCUGUAACUUUUCUGUAUGUUUAAAAUCUUUCUAAUUGUAAACCUGGAUUCUAGUCUCCUAGGGUUAGAAAUGUAAGGAGUGGGGAACAUAACAAUUUGAUCCCAAGGUAGAGUAGCUUUUUGUGCCAGGAAAAGAUUUGAGCUCUUCAGUGGCCUCUACCAGUAUCCUGAGAUCCUGGAGAGAUCAACCAGAGGCUGGAGACUAGAACAGGAAAAGAGAAACUAGUAUGGAGGGGAACCCACAUUGACAAGUAACACUGAGGUUCAGCUGUCACCAGAGGAAAUCACAGCUGUUUAACACUGUCUGUAAGCUCUGUGGCCUCCAUAGGGAAGGGCACUGAGGUACCUGGCUAGGAAACUAGAGUAAAGGAGGCAGCUCCCUGCACAGGUCAGAAGCAUCCAUGGAAAAAAGUCGCUUCAAUAAACCAGUCAAGACAGAAAGAAUUCAUUCAGCGUGAAACAGCUUCUGAAGCUGGAGCCGUUGGUCUUUCUGGGAGGUGACUUCUUGAAUCAGCGUGGGCAUGCUAACCUCCAGCUGCCAAAUAGUGGCAUGUUCCUCUUGAUUAGAGAAGACUGGGAACAAGAACAGUGUUUCUAAUGGUCUGUGAUUGACAAGAUUAGACCCUUUUAGUCUUGAAGCCUUGAAGCUGCUGCUGGCGGUCUGAAAUCCACAACUGAGGUUAUUGAGGUGAUGUCUCUAAUGAUUGAGAACCUUAACGGACUUAGCCAGUGAAAUCUGUGUGAGUUCAAAUCUAGAGAUUAACAUAGCAGCAAAGCCUAUGCAGGAGUAACCCCGGAGAUUCUCAGUAGAAUACUUGGAAGGCAGUCAGAUAGGCAAAGAAGAGGGAAAUAAGGACAAGAAGAGGCCCACUUUCUUAUACAUUUUUCUGCAAAGCUAGAAUGAACUAGUUAAAUCUUGUAAAUGUUUUUUUUAAAUUUGUUAUGGUAACUAUACCAAAAACUUUCCUAGGUCUUAGUAAAACCAUCCCCAGUUCAUGUUAACACAUGCAGUAACAAAGUGCUGACAUACCAUAGGUCAAAUCAAGUGUUUCCUAAACAUAACAAUGGCAUACAGUGACACAAUAAAAGCUUGAUAUAACAAAAUAAGCUUAUAUUCUGUGCUAUUCUGCUUUUCUUCCAUGGAAAUAUUAUAUGGAAACUCUUCUCUAUAGAAUUUCUGUUCUUAUCCAAAAAGCAUGUAUGAUAGUGGGAAUAAGAUUGGCAACAGAAUUUAAAAAGCUGGGUAGAAACAUCUCUGAUAUCUCCAUUUCCUCAUAUGUGAAAUGAAGUUAAUAAUUGUUCUCCAAGCAUUUUAGGAAUAUGAAAUGAGAUAAUGUGUAUGAAAUCACUUGUAGUGUGAAAGCAUCAUAUAAAUGGCCAAAAUAAUGACAUCAUCAGUGCUUGUCACAUCUGUAUGUGAGUAUGACUGGUAUACAAGUAGUAUACAAGAAGAAAUCUUUUCUGCAUUGCUUAUUUGGAAAAGAUCACUUUCUGACUGCAGUUCCUUUUUUCAUUAUAACAUGCUUGGAAAAUCUGACAGAAAAAAAAAAUUACUUCCUUUUUAUUGACAGCAUGCAAAUCCGAUAUGUCAAUCCUUUUUAUUUUCCCAGAAGGCCACAGCUAAAAUUGACUAUUUUCUCAUAUCAGUCUUUCUAGAUUAUUCCCAGUUUCCUUUUACUCCAAGUUUAUAUUUUUGUUACUCAUAUUGCCUCAUGUUAAAAUGACAAAGGGGCAGCUAGGUAGUGCAGUGGAUAGAGCACCGGCCCUGAAGUUAGGAAGACCUGAGUUCA